UGUAAGUAGGUACAUGCUUAAGUUUUGAAGCAGUAUAUUUUAUUACGAUCGAUAACAUUUCAUCGCCAUGAUCCGACUGAGGCUGCAGCGGAAAAGCAAACAUUUGUAAAACGAAAAAUAAACAUGAAGAGCACAUGAGCAGAAAUGCUAACUUUGUUUCAAUUGCUAUGUGGUACACUGAUAAUUCACCAUUGCAACGCUCACAUUGAAAAAGCCAAGUUGGAGGAGGAAUGUAAGAUAGCGGACAUCUGUCGCCACGACCAAGUGCCGAUGUGCGGCAUCGACUCGUGCGGCGAGCUGCGCACCUUCAUCGACACAUGCGACAUGCACGAGUUCAACUGCGACAGCCGGAAAGAUUUUGUUCAAAAACCAGUACACGAAUGUUGGGUUACAUGCAAGAGGGGCAGAUCCUUCAAGAGGCCUACCUAUGGCGAGGGUUGCGACGGGAUCAAUAAAGUAUGAAUUCUUUCGCUCAUACCUGAAAGAAUAGUUCUACUAACUUCUAACU